UUUUCAAUUAUCUAACCACCUUUGGCCCAAACCGCCCUUGACGUUGGUGGGCUGGUCAGAGCGCAUGAGUUCCGGCCCUCUGAAGGCACGUGUCUUUCUGCAGAUGUGCUGCAGGAAUUAAUGCUUGUUUUGAAACGUUCAGUAGUCGGCAAACGGAGCAGAGUGGAGAUCGAAGUAGCUGUGCCAGAGUCCUUUAGUGAAAGUGUGCCACAAUGUACUCAGUGUCGCAGGGACCCACUCAAAUUGUUCAGAAAACGAGGCGAGGUUUGUCACAAAAACUGGAACAAGUGGAUAUGCUACGAGAUCUGACCAGAAAACCUAGCAAGAAGGGGUCCAAAUCCCACAAAACGAAGCCCGAGCCCGGGCCGGACAAAACGUCGACUGAUUUGAGCAACAACAGCCCCAAUGUAGUGUCUGGGUUACAAAUGAAUCAAGUUCCCACUUUCCAAAGCAUCUCUCCGGCUCUUAAGCGGACCCAAUUGAAGUCCACCCAAGAACAAUUGAGUCCUCAGCAUGAAGAAAUGGUUAAAUUUGUCAACGAUCGAUGGUCCAUUGUAGAAAAAGAGAUCAGCCAAUCUUCGGCCCAAGCGAAUCCAUCGCCCAGUUUGGCGCAAUACUAUCAAGAAGUUGAGCUUAGUCCUGCGUUAAGAAAUUUUGAGCCGUUUGAUCUGGAAAACUGGUGGGGAAAACGUCUCUAUCAUCAUUUGAUAAAGACCUCGGGCAAUGGGAAUCCUGCGUCAUCAUGAGUCUUGAUCAAGUUGGUGUCAUUAAGAUUUGACCGGCCAUUCGAUCAGUUUUUUUGAUCCAAAUUUGCCAACUGUAUGGGUCCUCUAUAUUCAUUCUGUUGAGAUUCUAUGCCUCCUUUUUUAAAAACCUUUGUUCUCAUGAGAAAUUUUAUUAUGUCACAUCAUGACAAAGCGGUAAUGCAACAUAUAUUUUCUUACAA